CAUACUGUUUUGCGGUAUGUACGACUACCGUACGUCAUGUGUUACUAUGAUUAGGAAAGAACAUUGUUGGGUUUGGAUGGGAAUUUGCUAUUACAGUUAAACUCUUUCUACAGGUUACAUACACUCGGUUGCUGUUCGUGUCAUCGCUAAUGAUUGUUUUCUCAAAUAUACAUUGCACAAAAUUGUGUGGAGGCCUUCGAGCCUCUCCCCCGGGGUUUCUCUCGUUUCGUUUCGUUUCGUUUCGCCUCGCCUCGCCGCCUCUAAAAGCGGGGAAUCACCAGCACCGAUUCCCGAAACCUCUGCGAGUCGUCCCCGCUCCCGAGCGGAGCCAUGAUGCGCUGGUGAGGGUGCAGGGGCAACAGAACCGACGAGGACGCGUUCGAAAAGACGUCGUCCUGCUCGUUCUCGUAGUAGAAUUGGCCGUCGCAUCCGGGGGGGAGGUUCUCUUUGGAUUCCUCGUGCCGGUAGUUCGUGGGACUCAUCCGGAUCAGGUACCGGUAGGCACUGCUGUCGUGGCUGCUCUGGUCCUGUUCUUGGUCGGGUUCCCUGCAGGGGUGUUUUGUCGGUGUGUGGUGGAGGGGCUGGCUCAAAACGACUUCCCGCCCGGCAACAGGCAAUGCCGAGGGGCCGUCCUCGUUCUUCGUCUCCUCGCUGUCCGGCAUCGCCCGCCGGGUGGCUCGCUGCUUGAGCUUCCACCUCGGGGGGCUCGGCGUGGACGGGAAGUGUUGCUCCCGUGGUCCCAGGUCGUGGUCGUCGUCGUCGAACUCCCUGGCAAAGCUGUGCGAGAGCGAGACCGUCGUGUAGGUAUCGGCGGCGCUCGGCGACGGGCUGGGAGGCGUCGGCCGGCCCCGGCUCCUCCUCGUCGGCGACUCCGAGGGCGAUGGCUGCCGGCGGCGCCUCUGGCGGUCCAGCAGGCGCGGAGCGUCGAGCGGGGAGGAUUCCUCGCCCUCGCUUCCGCUCUCGCCGGCCUCGUCGAUGGUGGACGAGGCGCACAGGUACUUGCCCGUUUCGAAAUACUGGUCAAAGGAGUAGCAGGUUCGAAGGGUGGUGGCGAGAAGGUGGGUCGUCGAGGUGCUGGUGGCAGACCUGGGAGAAAGGUGGGUGGUGGCAAUGGCGGCACCGGCAUCGGCUUCCGGAGACCCUUGCCUUCGGCGGCGAUGGAUCGAUUGCUUCCUGGCCGGCUUCUUGGAGGGGUAGAUGUGCGACGACGACGCUGUUUCGUCGUCUUCUUCGAGGAGGUCGUCUAGGAGGCUGUUGUUGUGGCCGUACUGCUCGUAAUCGUCGUGGGAUGCCACCACCGACCGGAGGGAUUCCCACUUGGAAUCCGAGAUCUUGGUCGGCGACGUGUCGAACACCGGGUUGGACCUCUGGAUGCUCACAAUGGAGGAAGACGGCUCCAGUGUCUGUUGUGGUUUCGACCGCGAGUUGGGAUAGUACUCGUAGUCGGCGUUGUCUACCACCACGUCCACGGCGGACGAGGUGUUGCAGACGCAGAGCUGGUCGAAGACCAUCGUAGGGGCCCGGAAAAACGAGGUGCUCCAGUAUUCGACAAACCAUGGGAGGGAAGGAGACCGGGGCGACGAAGACGACGAGGAUUCGCCCGCUGUUCGAUGGCCGGAAGCCGUGCGGAAUGCUUCGUACGAUUCGCUGUGGUCGUUGCUGUUGCUGUUGUUGUUGCUGUCAUCCUUGUGCUCCGAAGCGGCCUGGGGCGAUGGUGUCGACGUGGAUGCCGACGAAGUCGAUGCCGUCGACGCCGUCGACGACGACGCACAUAUUCGGGGGGAUUGCUGCUCUUGUUCCUUCACCGGAAGGGUGAAUGCCGACGUUCGGGUGCUUCGGGUGUGGAUCGCAGACAUGGUUUGGUUUGGAUUGGAUUGGAUUUGAUCGGAUUGGAUUAUUCUAUCGGCGGAAAUGCCACUGGUAUGUAUGUGUGUCUAUAGGUGGCGAUUGAGUUUGGGUAUUGUUUUCUGGUUGAGUAAUCAAGCAACGGAGGUGCGAUGAUUUUUUGUGAUUGCUUUCUUCUUUGUUGUCCAAAGUAUGGAUGAUGUGUGACAGAGGAUUUGUUCUUUGGAGAGGCAAAGAGAAACACGUUGCACGCGGAAACUCGCUGCUUAUUUCCUAUCUUGCGAAAUACGGUUGAUUGUGUUUUCUUGGAUGGCGAUAGUAUUUUAUUUUCUCUCAGUUCACGCCAACAAAUAGAAUGUUGAAGAAAAC